AUGACGAAUAACAACGACAAUAACCGACGCGACCACAACCGACCCGAAGACAAUCCGUUCAUCGCAUUCCGCCGCUUCGCCGAUUCCCAAGUCUCAUCGCUUCUCAACACCGUCUUUACGCUUCCCGCCACCAUCGCGAACUAUAACAACGCGCAUUACGCACGUGAGCAAUGUCUCUUUGGCAAAGCCGACGAACGGCAAUGUGCCAAGCUUCGCGAUAUUGAAGCUGACAUUGCCGAGCUGCGAAAUGAAGGUCGAGAGUUGUUCAGAGUUGGCGACGUCCAGGCUGUGUUGCGCAAUAGCGAAGCGCUAAUGAAGCUUGAUCGCAGAGCUGAUGACACAAGAAGAGAGAUACUUGGCGAUGCAGCAAAGAGUGACGAGCAGCAGAUCACGCGACGUACCGAUGCUGGCCUGGUUGAAAGGGUGGCCAACGAGAAGGGUCAGGAGUGGGGAUGGUCGUGGGAUUGGGGAUUUCCCCGACCUUUUGACCACAAUAGCAAGGAAUCACUGGCAGACUCCGAGGAAGAAAGGGCGAGGGACUGGAUGCAGUUGGAAACAUUGCUACGGAUGCAGUCAGAGGCCAGAAGACUGGCCGAGGAGUUCGAUGACAAGGCCUGGGACGACCCUGUGGUGGACGUUGCGAAGUUCAACAACUAUAAGGAGUCUCAUACAGAUGACAGCAAGCCUCGCGUAUGGACUUGGUCCAAAUCUUGGCAGUGGCCGCUGCCAGCAGACGCAUCGCAGAUCCAUGACGCUGCCUACUCUCCGCGCGCACUCGAGCAGAACCGGGAGAUGAACAAGGCCGGUGUGCCUUGGCAAGCGGCAUACGAAGAUCUCCUACGAGCCGAACAGGCCGAAACCCCACAAUGCAUGAGGGGUGACGAGCGAAGGGCUUGGGGAAGGAGAAAGAUACCAAUCACGCAACAACAGCUCGAAGAGACCAUUCAGGAGAAACCAGAGCCCAGUUGUCCUAGCGGCAUGGACUCUGAUACGUGCGAUGACUACUGGAUCCAUGGCAAGAUCCCGAUCACGCAACGCCAGUUGGAAGAGACUAUGGAUCGCGAUGAGGAGCCAAACUGCCCUCGUCUUGCGACGUUCGACGAGCCGAGCUACGAGUACAGUCAUGAUCACGAAGACCAGCACGACGAUCCACCCACGCCGACGCAAGACCGGUUCCCUUAUGCCGACACUGUUAGACGUAACGCAUAUAAUACUAUUUUAGACGCAGCACAUGAGAGGGAUGAGGAAUCGGAAACUGAGAUGGAUGCGUACGAACAUAUGGACGCUGUAUCGCGAGGCUCGCCCUCAGCACCCAGACCUACUUCGGUAUCGUCUGCGGUCGCUGAGCGGACGAAAGAGGCGAAGCCUUCGAUCCUCUCUACGCUUACGACAACUGAACGUACCGUCGCAUCUGAUGGCUCGAUAACGACCAAGGUGGUACUGAAGAAGCGCUUCGCUGAUGGGCGGGAAGAAAGCUCAGAGACUGUGCAUACCCAGCGCGGCCAAGAAACCGAUGCACAGCGGCGUGAUCCUUGGAGGGCAUCUCACAAUCCGCAACCAACAUCAAGCGAAACGGAAAGCAAGGAAGCGAAGAAGAGAAGUGGUUGGUUCUGGUCCAGCUAG